AUGCAAUCACAAAAGGGAGACUCGGACAAAGGCCUUGGAGGGGAGGUUACUGCGCAAGAGGUGUCAGGAGAGUCUGUGAACGACACCAGAAACGAAGCUACCCGAACAGAAAAUGAAGGCAAUUCUGUCAACACAGUGUCUGGAAUACAAGUGCAACUAGAAGGUGCAGAGCAGGAAUCUGAAGAGAAGAGCGUUGAAAAUGCAAUUAAUCAAAGGCAGUCUAAAGACAGCUUGAAUGAGUAUAGCACUGGAGACACCUUCCAAAGAGUGCAAAAGGAUGUUAAAACUCAAGAGAAAGCCAUCAACUGUAUGUCCAGAGCAGAUCAACAGAAUGAACAAAAAUCAGAUGGUGAUCACAAAUCAGUAACCAGCUCAUUCAGUCAAAGGACAGAAGAAAAGAGGGGCUGUGUAAGAAUGACAAAAAAGAUUCUGCAAGACAUCUGUAAACAGCAGAAAUUAUACUUGACCCCAUACUUAAAUGAUACGCUUUACUUGCAUUACAAAGGAUUUGACCGCCUGGAGAACCUUGAAGAGUAUACUGGAUUGAAGUGUUUAUGGCUGGAAUGCAAUGGCUUAACAAAAAUCGAGAAUUUGGAGGCUCUGACAGAGUUGCGUUGCCUCUACUUGCAACUCAAUUUAAUUAACAAAAUUGAAAACCUUGAACCCUUGCAAAAGCUGGAUUCCCUCAAUAUCAGUAACAACUACGUUAAGACCAUUGAGAAUCUCUCUUGUCUGAAAGUCCUGCAGACUCUGCAGAUUGCUCACAAUAAGUUACAAACAGUGGAAGACAUACAGCACUUGCAAGAAUGCCCAAGUAUUUCUGUUCUCGAUCUUUCCCACAACAAUCUAAGUGAUCCAAGCAUUGUAACUAUUCUGGAGACCAUGCCUAAUUUGCAUGGGCUGAAUUUGAUGGGAAACCAAGUGAUAAAGAAAAUUGCUAAUUAUAGAAAAACACUUAUUGUUCGACUAAAACUACUAACAUUUCUGGAUGACAGACCAGUUUUCCCAAAGGAUAGAGCCUGUGCAGAAGCCUGGGCUGUUGGAGGGCUUGAAGCUGAGAAAGCAGAAAGGGAAAAAUGGGAAACCAGAGAGAGAAAAAAAAUCCAAGAUAGCAUUGAUGCUUUAGCAGCAAUCCGGCAAAAAGCAGAGGAAAAGAAAAGACAAAAGUAUACGGAAGAAAGAGAUACAAGUGCAAAAUGUGGAAAUGGAGAUGCAACAGACAUCCUAGAAGGAGCACCUGCAAAUUCAGAUGACAGUGAUGGAACUUCUAAUACAUCAGAGACUUCAAAUAUAUCAGAAGAGGAAGAAACUCAAGAGAAGACUAAGAAAUUUAGAAAUGAAUGUUUUGAUGCUUGUGAUGAAAUGAUAACACUUCUACCAAAUAGGGGAGGUAACACAGAUUUCACAUCUGGAAAUAUCCCUGCUAGAAUUCAAGAGGAUGCACAAGAAUCAAACUCUUGCAAACGCUCAAACUUCAACAAGCAGACAGACGAUCUGCCAAGAGAGAAGGCAGCUACUGAAAAGGCCGUGCUUCCUGAACUGGAUGAACAUGCUGAAAUUGAACAGGUCAAGUUGGAGACAGCAGAGAAACUUUAUCUUGAUGAACUGCCUGAUUUAGAAGAUAUAGAUGUAAAUGAAUUUCCCCCAGAAGAGGAAAUCUUUGGUCAAAAGGAAUAUCACCCAAAGAUUGAAAUAAUUUCUGAAAUGACAAACGACAGCGAUUCUGCAGUAGAGGAAAACAAUAAAAGCAUGUUUGAGAAUUCAGUAGGAGAAGAAGUUCCAACAGCAAUUUUUUCAAAUGUGUGUAAGAUACAUAGAGAGCAUGAAAAGGACCACUUAAGACCCCUUGUUGAAAGCUUCUUUACAGAGCCUGCUAAUUCCGAAAGAUACCUGGAGAUCAAAGAUAAACAGGCAACCCCCUCGAAACCCUUGAUACAAGAGGUUAUCACUGAGCCCAAGGAUAAUCUACUGUUGUCACUAGUCUGCAGUCGACCAGAUGACCCAAGCCCAUGGGAAGAGGAUGGUAAGAUUACAUUUCAUCUGCCUUUUGCCUUCACGCUUUUAACAGGGAACGUCAGUGACGGAGAAGUACAGUGCCUGGCUGAGGGUGAAGGAUGUCCUCACGAAGCACAAGAUGACAAGGACAGUGAGAGUGGAUUAGAUUAA